AUGGAGGAGAAGGGCAACAUCUUGCUGCAUAAGUACGAACAGGGGAGGUUGCUGGGGCAGGGGACCUUCGCCAAGGUCUACCAUGCGAGGGACCUCAAGACCUCGCAGAGCGUCGCAAUCAAGGUGAUCGACAAGGAAAAGGUGCUGAAAGUAGGAAUGAUGGAUCAGAUCAAGAGGGAGAUCUCCGUGAUGAGGCUCGUCAGGCACCCCAACAUCGUCCAGCUGCACGAAGUCAUGGCCACCAAGGGGAAGAUCUUCUUCGUCAUGGAGUACGUGAAGGGCGGGGAGCUGUUCAGCAGGGUGGCCAAGGGCCGGCUCAAGGAGGAAGUGGUCCACAAGUUCUUCCGGCAGCUGAUAAGCGCAGUGGACUUCUGCCAUAGCCGGGGAGUCUACCACAGGGACCUCAAACCAGAGAACCUGCUCCUGGACGAGAAUGGCAACCUGAAGGUCUCUGAUUUCGGCCUGAGUGCCCUCGCAGAGUCCAAGAGACAGGACGGUCUGCUCCACACUACCUGCGGCACGCCGGCGUACGUCGCCCCGGAGGUGAUACAGAGGAUCGGCUACGACGGCGCCAUGGCCGACGUCUGGUCCUGCGGGGUGAUCCUGUUCGUCCUCCUCUCGGGGUAUCUUCCCUUCCACGAUUCUAAUCUGAUGGAAAUGUACAGGAAGAUCAGGAGGGCCGAGUUCAAGUUCCCCAGCUGGUUCCCCUCCGACGUUCGCCGGCUGCUGUCCAAGAUCCUCGACCCCGACCCGGCUUCCCGGAUCUCCACGGUGAGGAUCAUGGAGAGCUCCUGGUUCUUGAAGAACUUCGGCGAGGAGAAGAAGAAGAAGAAGAUCAAGCCCGCCGAAGUUGCAGAGAAUGAAGCUGGUCUUCGCGCAGACAGCGGAGAGGUGGCGGAGGGGAAGAGGGAGGCGGUUAAGAAGAAGGAGCCCGCCGGAGUUGCAGAGAAUGAAGCUGGUCUUCGCGCAGACAGCGGAGAGGUGGCGGAGGGGAAGAGGGAGGCGGUUAAGAAGAAGGAGCCCGCCGGAGUUGCAGACGGCGGCGAGGUGGUGAAACCGGCGAACGCCUUCGACAUCAUCUCCCUGUCGCAGGGGUUCGACCUCUCGGGGCUGUUCGAGGAGGCCGACGGGCGGCGGGAGGCCCGGUUCGUCUCGAAGCAGCCGGCCUCGAUCGUCAUCUCCAAGCUGGAGGCCAUGGCGAAGGCCCUGAAGCUGAAGCUGAAGAAGAAGGGUGGAGGGGUCAUGCAGAUGGAGAGCCGCAAGGAGGGGAAGAAGGGCGCCAUCGCCAUCGCCACCGAGAUCUUCGAGGUCACCCCCAACUUCCACCUGGUGGAGAUGAAGAAGACCAGCGGCGACACGCUGGAGUACCAGAGGCUGUGGAACCAGUCCAUCCGCCCCUCCCUCAAGGACAUCGUCUGGGCAUGGCAGGGCGAGGACCUGCCGCAGCAAGAUCAGCCCGCUUGCUCUUAA